GGGGAGGCCUCCGCCACGCUCACACCACACCCGGGCUAGUGCUGGAGAGCCUUCACCACACUCACAUCAUCGCUACGCUGGUCAAGGCUCCUGACCUGGCCUUAAUCUCUCACGGCCUCUAACCUAUAACCCUCCCUCCCUACUCCUAGCCCAUUGCCGUAACCGUCCAAGCUUACGCUCCGUUCAUGCCCAUCUGUCCAUUCCCAUACCUGCUUCCUGUCCAUCCAGACCUAUCCCAUACACAUCCGUCCAGACCAGCUCGUUCGGAGACGCUUCUACGGCCCCAACCCAACACUCACCGUUGAUGACCUCCGCUGACAACCAUCUGCCCCAGAGAAGUUGUGUCUUCCGCAAGUCUGGCAGUCACUAGGGAGUCCAGGGCGUCACGUGAUCACCAGAAACAUCACUUCCACACCACCAGCAACAUUGUGACUACGGAGCUGCCGCCUCACCACUCCUGACUUCAUACGCCACUUGAAACACCAAUUAUCACUUAACGACAUCAAAACGUGACAUGUCAUGCCCCUUUGUAACGCCAUCUUCGCAACGUCUUAAAUAACAACGUAACACCGCCGCGUGUGACGUCGAGAGCACUGUGUUAUCACUGUCACUGAACCAAUCACGACAUACGACUCUGCGUGUGACGUCACCGUUAUUGACCCAAUCACGACUAUACGACUGUGUGACGGCACCCUCAGAGACAAUCACGACAAUACGACUCAGCGUGUGACGUCAGGAACACUGUGACGUUACUCUUGAGACACCAAUUACGACACGACGACUAAGAAUGACUCUACGCUUACUCAUCCACCUCGCUCUGGCAGCCACAGCAGUGAUGGCGGCGCCCACCCUCGACCUGCCUGUCAACACCACCUCCCUCGCUCAACAUUAUGAGUUUAUCUGCGAGUUCUCGGCCAACGGGGAGAUCCCUGUGGUCAAGUACAAGAGCAAGCGCACGGGGCUCCAUGUCUUCCUCGCCAAGGUGGAGGGACCUCUCGUUAGCGGCUACUUCACCUUAGCAACUGAAGCACAUGAUGAUGAUGGACUACCCCACACACUGGAGCAUCUGGUCUUCCUGGGAAGUGAAGACUACCCAUACAAAGGGGUCCUUGAUCUGCUGGCCAACCGAUGCCUCGCCUCGGGUACUAAUGCUUGGACAGACACGGACCACACCGCAUACACCGUCCAAACAGCAGGCAGUGAAGGCUUCCUUAAUUUAUUGCCAGUCUACCUAGACCACUUGCUGUAUCCUACGCUUACUGAAUCAGGAUUUAUCACGGAAGUUUAUCAUAUUACUGGUGAUGGAGAAGAUGCUGGAGUUGUGUAUUCAGAAAUGCAGGCGCGUGAAAAUUCUGACACUGACCGCUGCUACCGUGCUAUGCUGCGAGCCAUGUAUCCCGAGCCCAGCGGUUAUCGUUCAGAGACGGGUGGUAUCUUGAAGAACCUUCGUGAGAGCACUUCAAAUGAAAAGAUUCGCAAUUAUCAUCGUGAAUUUUACCGUCCAGAAAAUCUUAAUAUAAUCAUCACAGGUCAAGUAGAGUUGGAGAAAGUAUUUGCUGCACUGGAACCUAUGGAGAAAAAAAUACUUUCAAAGGGGGAGAGAGGCAAAUACACCCGACCUUGGCAGAGCCCUGUGCCACCUCUGCUGAACUCGGUAGAUGAACUCGUGCAGUACCCUAGUGACAAUGAAGACACUGGCUUGGUUGUCAUUUCAUGGCGUGGACCCUCUUCUGUUCACCAAAUAAACGAGUUGUUGAGCAUGGGAGUUUUGAUGGAGUAUUUAACACAUUCUUCUGUGUCUCCACUUCCCAGUAUUUUUGUUGAAGUUGAUGACCCUCUUGCCAGCAGUGUGCAACACAGUUGUUAUGAAAAUUCAGUGUCUGCCUGUUACUUUGAGUUCAGUGGUGUUCCCCGGCAGAAGGUCGAUGACGUGAAACCUCUCCUUAUGGAUACUCUAGAGCAGCUCUCCACUGGUAAAACUCUAAUAAAUAUGCAAAUUAUGAAAGAUAUUCUCAAUAACCUGAUGUUGAGACAAGACAGUCGUAUGGAAACCUCGCCUCAUGACACCAUUGCUGACCACAUUAUUGGAGAUGUGCUUUAUGGACAGACUUGUCAUGAUCUCGAUACUCGUCUUAACAAGAAAAGAUGGUUUGAACACCUUUUGCACGAAUCGUGCAAGUACUGGAUUCACCUUAUCCGCAAGUAUUUCUUAGAUGGUCCCUCGGUCGCUAUUCGUGGAGUACCAUCCAAAGCUGAAGCCACGAGGUUAGAACAGGAAGAUAAGAAGAGAGUGGAAGAGAGGAAGAAAGAAUUGGGUGAGGAGGGUCUGAAAGUAUGGAAGGAAAGGGUUGAGAAGGCUAAGGAAACUAAUGAGAUUCCCCCACCAGGAGAGAUGCUUGAAUCAGUGCCAGUUCCAAAUGUGGAUAGCAUUAACUAUCACCUUUUGAGGGCCUACAGCAAUCAUUUGCCGACUGAACCCUCCCUCAAGCAUAAGGAGCCCAACCUACCUACCCACUUCAGUGAGCUUCCCAUCAAAUUCCAACUAGAUGACUUACACUCUAAUUUUGUUGAAAUGAUAGCAGUCUUGGAUACAGUAGCUGUUCCAACAGAACUUCGUCCAUACCUUACUCUUCUGUUGGACCUCAUCUUUGAAUCUCCAGUGUUGAGGGGAAGUUCCAUAAUUCCAUACGAGGAUGUUGUACGUGAGCUCUCGGCAGACACAUUAUCACAAGAUAGUACAUUAGGUCUUUCUCUUAAUAAUCAGCAGUUUUCUUGUGGAUCAUACUGCACUAAUGCUGCUGUUAUCAUUAAGGUUGAGAUGUCCAAAUACAUUCGAGGCGUACAGUGGCUACACGAGAUACUAUUCAAGAGUCAAUUUACUGCGCAACGUGUGAAAGUAAAAGCCACUAAGCUUAUUAACUCAAUUGGUGAAAAUAAACGAGAUGGUCCCAAGGUCCUUCAGCUGAUGUUCAAUGAUGUCGUUUUUAAAAAUGACACCAACCAGAACCAGCAGAAUAUUCUCCGACAAGAGAAAUUCCUCAACUUGAUGCUCAGUAGAUUGAAUACUGAGGAAGCUAAAGUUCUUGAGGAAUUAGAGCAGGUUCGAAAAGCUAUCGUCCACAAAGAUCGUAUUACAAUACACAUGUCAACUGACGUAGAGAAGUUAUCUGCACAAGUUGACCCAUUGGCACCGUGGCUGAAUUUCAUUUCUGAUGAAAAGACCCUGAAAGGAAACUUGCUGAACGUUAUUCCAGACAGUGAAUUGCUUUCUUAUGAAAACUUUGACAACGUAACCGGGUUCUUGACUGGUAUUGGCUCGGUAGAGUCGGCAUAUUUGUUGCAGUCAACCCGUUGUGUUACGGAACAUAGAGAUUGGGAUGUUCCGGCCAUUCUUACUGCCAUUCAGUAUCUCACGCAGCUCGAGGGACCAAUGUGGAGAGAAAUUCGAGGACGGGGUUUGGCAUAUUCCUACAGUAUUAAUCUCAAUCCAACGCAAGGUUUACUUGUAUUGAAACUGGCCAGAGCAGCUCAGUUGACUGGAGCUUAUCAAGAGGCACUAACUAUUCUGAAUUCACAUAUUAAUGGAACAACAAUAUGGGACAAAAACCUGUUAGAAUCGGCCCGGAGCUCUCUCAUCUUUGAAAUAAUAGAGCGAGAAGCAGUUGUGUCGGAUGUUGUUCAGCAGUCUCUGCUGGCAUAUUAUAGGAGAGUUCCUCAUUCAUAUAACAAGGAGCUAAUAGAUAGAAUUGCUGAAGUUACUAUAGAAGAUGUUAAGCGUGUUGCCCUCAAAUACUUUACACCACUCGUACAACCCAGCACCUCUCGCACUGUUAUCGUAUGUCAUCCAUCUAGUAUUCAAGAAACAGUGGUUGAAAUGGAAAAGUUGGGCCACAACCUCUCUGUGACUGAAACAAUUGAAAGUAGUAGAUUUGCUUAGUUCGUUGGAACUGCGAUAACAUUUUCUUCAGUUUCACAGCACCGAUUCCGAGCAAUGUUAUAGUGUGGCACUGGGUUAUAUAUUUGAAGUACAAGUUAACACUGUUAGUUUGUCAUUAUUUUGUAUAAAGUUAUCAGUUCAUGUGUGAAAUCUUGAAAGGACAGGAAGAAAGUAAUUUUAAAUAAAUACAUCUGUUGUUCUCUAUACUGUACAGUACAGUAUUCUUAAGACUGAUAACUUUUUUUCAAGAAUUUUACAUAAUAAUCCAAUAGUGUAACAUUGGUGUUUACAAAUUAAAUCAUUUGUAUACUAUUGCAAGUGAUAAUCAAAAUAAAAGAUAGAAUUUAUAAUACAGAUGAAACCUUUGAAACAAUAUUCAUCAGGUUUCUGAAGAUAUUAAAAAAAUUUAGACUUCAUUACUGUACAGUACUGUACUUGCAAACUUGGAUCAGGUCUGCAGGUCAAAAUAUAGUGAAUUUGCAAUGUUUUCUGUUGGCAAAUCUAACAAGUGCUUAUUUAGAUUUUAUGUUGAUAUGGAAUCAAAGUAAAUAUCCUAUGAAGCUCAGGUUCUGUAUAGCUAUUAUGGGAAAAUAAAUUAUUUUUCUUACUGGAGAUAAAGAAUUUAUUUGAUUCUCUCGGAGAAAAGGUGUUCAUCCUUUGAAGACAAUACGAGUUGAGAAACCUACACCCUAAUACAGUACCUCUGAUAAUAAGAACACCUUCAGAGUUUAACCAUCAUGGCACUCUUGACUAAAUUGUGAAUAUUACAGCAAGAGUACUGUGUAAGUUCCUGCCUUAGUGCUAUUCUUAAGACUCCCUCCUUUGAAGGUUGUUCAAUGCAUUGAUAAUCUGUCACUUGAAACUUUUAUAAUGAACUCAUGUUCUUUAAAUAACUUAUCAUACAUCUUGUUAACCACAAGCUUUAAUAUUUUUCAGGAUAUUUUGAUUUUAUAUGCAUUUUUUAAUUAAAGUAUCAUAGAUUGAGCUAAUAGAUAAGGAUGCCAAGAAGAUACUUAUAUAUCAAUUCUAAGUACUGAACUAAUAGGUAUCGGUGUUAAAUUAUUUGUCUAUGCAAGUGUUAUUUCUCCCAAACAAGUGUCAAAAUUUUAGCUACCAUUUUAUAUUUGGACAAUGUUUGACUGUAUUGAGGUCGCAGUUAAAUAAGUGCAGGAAUGCCAUUUUAGUGUGGUUUUCCAGAGUCGGGGAUAGGAAGCCCAUUAGGCUUAUUGAGAUCUCUGGCCUUUCUCAGAAUGCAACCGAGAACAGCUAACUCCUAAUUUAACUCCUAGGCGAACAUAGACAUAAGAUGAAAGGAAACAUAGCACAACCUUGUCUGUCCUCCAAGGGAAUUGAACCUGGGGCCUUACAGCUGUGAACUAACUGUGCUGACCACAGUAUGAGAGAUGCUUGCCAAAAAUGAUGAUACAAAACAAACUGCAUUUAGAGAAGCUGCUGUCAUAAAUAAUGCGAAUGCCUACACAAAGAACUUCAUAUUGUGUAUUUCCAAAACAAUUGAAUGUGUGGGUCUCCAAUGACUAAUUAUUUCAUCUCUUAAAAAACCUGUUUGCUGAUAUUUUAAUGCUAUUAUAUUAGAAGAAACAAAUUAUCUGACUAGUUCAAGAAGUGUACGUAUAAGACAGCAGAUCAAAAUACUGUAGUGAUGAAUAAGAGUGGAUGUUAGUGUGUGCCUCCCUCCCCAGCUGCACAGUACCAGGUUUUCCUUGUCAAGGACUUUUAUUUAAGAAAGGGAAAUUUAAAUAAUAUUGAACAUAUUUAGUUUUGUGAUGCAGAUUUUUUAUAUUGAAAAUACUUUUUAUGCCAUAACAUCUCUUAUCAUAAGGGCUAAGUGGAAAUUGUUGUCACUAACUUGCUUUAGAAAGGUGAACCUAUGCACAAGUUCACCUCUCCUAAAGCCAAACCAUUUUUUAGCAUUGUGCUCAAAAUUAAUAACAUACCGGUAAGUCGGUUAUUGUUUAAGCCAAGAACUGUAAAAUGGAAUAUGAAACAAUCUGAUAUGGCCAUAACUGUGACCCCUAGAACUGCUGAAUGUUUGAGGGAGCAAGGGUGCCAUACCUGCUCUUCCCUCCUGCAGCUUCAUUUUCAACCAUGGUAACAUUGUUGUUGCAGUUGCCUUUGAUAUUAGAUUAGUAAGAUAUAUUAAUUCAAACUUUUAGAAGACAAAAUAAACAAGUUUAAGAUAAAUCACUUGCAUUCUUUAGAUUUGUUUCAAAAAUAUGAUUUUAAGUUAUUACACUGUACAGUCCUUUUCAUUAGUCUGAAAAUUCCUCGGCUGUUUGCAACAUUUGCACCACUUUGACAACUUUUAUAUUCAUUAUUAAUUCAUUUUGUCCUUUGAAAUUAUCAAUCUGACUGAUUGAUACUGUAAACACUUGCCUCCUAUAAUGGACAAGUGAAGUUCUGCUCACAUAGAGCGGUGUUAGUGGCUUUAAUGUCGACCAAAGUGCCGUUAGCUUCAUCACUGUCAUCUCGUAUCAUGCUAGUUGCAUCGCUGUACUGACCGGUAUUUGUUAGUUGCAUCACUGUGUCAACCAAUGUCAUUUGCAAUACCACUCGAUAUUUUUUAAUAUAAAUUAAAAAAUAAAACUUUGGAAUUAUUUCAUGAGUUGUCUCUGAAUUGGUCCUAGUACUGUAUAUUAAAGAUUUAUUUUUGUUUAUAUUGGUGUACAGACGUUUAGAAACUUGUAGGAUGUUUGGUGCAGCUGUUAUUACCUACUCAUAUGGGUGAGUGGAGCCAGGUUCAGGAGUAGAUUAUUACUGUAUCAGUUUUAGGAGUCAAUAACUUAAAAAAAACACUUUAAUUCAGGAGUUCUUUAAUCAUUUUUUGUGUAAUGCGGGUUACGUUUAGCUAAAUUCAAAACAAUGUGUAAGACUAUAAUCUUGAUACUGAAUACUAUACUGUUAAUUUCUAGGAGCACUGUGAUAUUAGUAACAAAAAGUUUUAAUUUGAAGAUUUUUUACUGUAUUAUAUGAUUAUUGUUAUAAUUUUAUAAAAUUAUUUUUUCAUGAUUAGAAAAGUAUCUAUUUUGUGUAAAAAAUUAGUGUUAUUGUCAUUUAGGUGUAAAUAAAAAUUAUGAAGAUCGUUGUAUUCUACAGUACUGGCCAAGAUUAAACUUUGACCUGCAGCUGCUCUUCUGUUGGAAAGAUCAGCUCAGGGAGUCUCUAUAGCAAUCAUCAGUUCAUACAUCCAUCACUAUAAAUGUUGAUUCCCUGCCCCUACUCGUGUAUGUCGUCAUCCUUCCCAUCUCGCUCAUCUUCAUUCAUUCAUUCAUUCAUAUUAAUUUAAUCAAUAAACGACCUAAUUAAAACAUUUUUCUGUGACAAAUUUGUGCUGAAAAUAACAAUUGACCAUUGAUUAAGUGUAGAUAUUUAUUUACAUGUACUGUAUGUAUGUUUAUUUGUCAGUAUUUUUGUGUACCGGUAUAUGUAUUUAUAUACGUUAUAUGCUAUUAUCAUAGUUCAUAUAUUGCUAUAUAGAAAAAUAUACCGUUUCCAACAUAUUAAGCAUGGUGUCCCAUGCAGAAUCUUGUAAUGAGACUUCACUAAGCACAUUUUGCACCAAGUACAUGUAAGUGCACAAAUACACUGCCAGAUCACAGACUAAACACAGUAUCAUAAUUAUUAACCUUGAAAGGGGCAAUCUGAAUGUCACUGAAGAAGAACAUGAUUUUUUUUUUUUAUCACAGGAAAAAGAAGGGGAAAAUAAAGGUGCUCAUUAGAUUAAUGACUGUCAUGCUGUUAUGCUGGGACUUAGCCAGGGGGGUAGGGUAUUGGUUCCUAGGUAAUUCAGCCUAUUGUGGUGCUCCGUGUGGGAGCACAAGAAGUAGGUAAUGGUAUAAUUUGCACCCCUCUGUGGUUUGUUAUGUAUGUUACCUCGUUGUUAGCAUGACUCGGGAAGCGCCACAAGUAAGUAAUGUUUUGACUUGCUUCUCAUUAGUGGAGAUACUGAGAGGAAUGAAACCUGGCAACAAGACUACCAAUGACAAACAGUUAGAUGUAAGAAUAGUAAUAUGUACAGUACUUACAUUAAUUUUUAAACUAGCAUCUAAUGAAACAGGAACUGGAGAUGCAUGGGCAACUACAACUAGGAUUCUAGAAAGGAUACUAAAUACAAUACAGGUAGCUCGUUUUUUUUCACCUCAUUUCACAAGUUUCUCCUAAUUUAUUGUAUUUAACAUGAGGAUAAAGCUCCUUCAAACUUUUUUUUUAAGGAUGUAAACAGGCUAGCAGCAGAACUCUUGUAUAAUAUAUAUCAGUUACAAGUUCACAAACACAUCAAGCAUUUGCAGAUGAAAGGUUAAGGUCUGUGUGGGUUUUUAAGGGCAACACUCAGGGUAAAAUGAACAAAUCCUAUACAGUACUUCUCUUAAACCUUGGUGAAAAUAUCUUUAAACAAAUCAUGUCCAGUUAUACAUGGAAGCAACUGAGUUUUAAUCCAUAUGAAGUUUUGGUAAAUUAUUUAAAAUGCUUUACUGUGUUAUCUAUCUAUUCUAUUCUUUUUUUUUCAAAGUUAUGUGCUCCUUUGCUUUAGAUUUCUUAACAAUAUAACUGGAUACCUGCAGGUUGUGUGUUUUAAUAGGAUCAUAGUGAAGCAUAGAAUGUUUGGUUAACAGUGUGUUUGGUGAUUCCUAAUCCACUCUUGUGGAAUUUCAUUGUAUUAUCUAUUUAUUUACAGAAUAAAUUUUUAUACAAAAAAUCAUAAAAUGUGAUACCCCCUAUGGCACUAACGUUGAAGAUUCUGUGUGGGCCACAUUAUUAAAGAGAAAAGUAAUUAUCAGGAGCAAGUGCAAAGACAGUACAACUGUAUAGGCCUUGUUGAAGGAGGAGGAGAGGGCACGGUGUGGAAUUCAUGGGUUAAAAUAAUAAAAGCUGGACUGGUAACCCCCAAAAUGUGUUGCUUGGCCUGUUAUUGUCCAUUUGAUCAUUGAAAUACUGUACAGUAUUUCAGGAAAGAAGAAAUGCACUUUUUAUGGCUUCUUUUAAGCAACUUCAUCAAAGAAUUUCCUACGAGCAUGCAUUUUGCACUAGAAUCUGACCUUUUUGCUCUUUGUGACUAUUUUUGUCCAUUUUUAGGAUUGGUUUAUGCAUCACGGUUUGUAUGGUUUUGCUGAAUAUACGAAAGUAUAAACAUUUCAACAUUAUUACCUUUGUGCGCUAUCAGUUUUUUCUUAUAAAAAUGGGCAAGUAAAAGAUUUAUUUCGUUAUAAAAAAAUCUAGUACUUCAACAAUAUUUUUGAAACAAAUUUGCAAGGUGAUCAGAAAAUCAGCAGUGAAUACAGUAUUAAAAAAAAAAUUAAUUUUUUUCUGUUAAUGACAAGUAGGCAAUCGUAAGUAGUUUUGUAUAUGUAACUACAGAAUUAUUUGUUUUGUAUGAUAAGAAAUAGGGAAAAUUUGAUAAUUAAACAACAGACUUUUAAACAUUACUGCUGACUGGUCAUGCCACAUCUAAAUGUUCGUAAUGAUGUUAUAUUGAAACCACUCAUACUGUAAAGUUAAUUUCAUAUUUCAUUUUAUCCCAUUGUUUCCUCUGAUUUAGUGAAAACAAAAAAGUUAAUUUUGUUUAAAUAUAAAAUAUGUAGAGUACACUUCAAAGAUACAGUACUUACAGGAGGGACACAGUCGCUGACCACACAUGAAAAAGUGUACAAUACAUAAAUUCUGUAUGUUUAAUAGCUGGAAUGUUUUGACAUUUAAUACUGUUAAAUAAAAUAGUACCCACCAUGAUGUAAA